AUGAGGCCUUCCCAUGGCACUCUUACUCCCAUCCUCCUCCUCCUCCUCAUAGCCCUCACAGCCCACGCGGGCAGGCCCAAUAACGGGGCCCGCCAAUUCAUGGGCCUUCAGAACGCGGCCCGCACAGCACUGGGCCUGCGGCCCUUCGUGUGGGAUCGCAAGCUGGCACGGUACGCCAAGUCGUACGCGAACCGGAGGCGCAGGGACUGCGCAUUGGAGCACUCGGGCGGGCCCUACGGAGAAAACAUAUUCUGGGGCAGCGGGCGCGGGUGGGGCCCGGCCCAGGCGGCGGCGGCCUGGGUGGCCGAGCGGCGAGAGUACAACUAUUGGGCAAACUCGUGCGCGGACGGCCGGGAAUGCGGGCACUACACUCAAAUAGUGUGGAGGGACACGAAGAGGAUUGGGUGCGCCAAAGUGGUUUGCGACGAUGACAAGGGAGUUUUCAUGACUUGCAACUAUGACCCACCGGGGAAUUACAUUGGGGAGAGGCCUUAUUGA